AUGGAGCCAAAGACGAACAGCAUAGAUGCUUACCCAGCUCAUUGGAAGGCUACUCUCCUAGGUGAAGAAUUCUGGAAAGAUGCUGAGGACUUCAACCAAGCAGUCAAUGAUCAGAUUGAAGAAGCUCAUGACCAGCUCCUGCAUACUAGAUUCCCAUUUAAUAUUGGGACUGAGCAAGCUUCUCGUGCACCCAGUUCUCCGGCCUCGACCGUUAACCCUGAGAAGAUGCCUGAGAAGAGAAGUCGACGUUUCAGCAUGAGUGACGCUUCCAACCUCAGUUCAUUCACUGAACGUAACCCCCUCCAAAUGGCUCCCAACCGGAUCCUCGAAAUGACCAAAAGCCCAUUCCCAUUCCCACGCUCUCGCUCUCGCUCUCGCUCUCGCACCCGGUCUUCCAGCAUAAUUUCAGAGACACCACGUCGUUCUAGCUCCCUGCUUAGAUCGACUUUGAACAUGAUAAGCGGCAAGAAGAAGGAAGACCCCGAGCUUGAGGCUGCAACCACUACAAGCAUCCUCAUCAUGCCCCUGUCUCCCGACCAAGCAACACUACAAAACCCUCUCGUAGAAUUCCGUGGGGGACCUACCUGGGCCUCUAUCCCCAAGGACCGCCGCACCCUAUGUCUCGAUGUCUUCUGGCCUGACAAAAAGGAGAAGCAAGAAGCGGAGAAAGAGAUAUCCAUGCUGCCAGUCGAAGAACUCGCGCCUCUCUCUGCAUUCCGUAGCCUGCGUGUCCUCAAGAUCACAGGCAUGACCCAGACCUACCAGAGGUAUAUCUGGCAAGCUGCCUGGCUCAACGUCGACCUCGACGAACUCGAACUGGGCAUGGCUCUCCCGCCCCGUCUACGCCGCAGCUAUGUCGGAAAGUGGCCCUAUAUGAAGGGAGGGUGGCAACUUGACAAAGCUCAUUAUGGAGAGCCUGUGUACUACGGAACCGGCUCCGGGACCCUCGACCGCAAAGUGGGAAUCGGCGAAUACCUCGACAAAAUGUGCAUGGAAAAGGCCAAAAUCUGCGCGUUGGCUGUUGGACGGACCCGCCAGCGGCUCUCUAUCCGCACCUUGACUCUGACAGGGUUCGUCGUCGACGCAGACCCCUUCCUCCACUGGUUCGAUCCCAAGCGGCUGAAGUGUAUCGAUUUCAAGGAUAACUGCGUGGAUGCGGGGUUUUACUUGUGUCUUCCGAUGAAGAAGGUGAAGAUUUUGUUUCCGAAGCAGAUCUGCGAGGCAGUUUCUACUGCGAGAGUCGUGGAUUUGUUUUCUGAGCUGAAGGUUGUGGAGCUGAAGGGAGGGAAGAAGGUUGCGGAGAGUCCGUUUCGUGGAUGGGAGGGGUUGAGGGGGGAAGGUUCUUCUUCUAUUGGCGGUAGUGUCAGGGGUCGUUAUGAGAAGAAGGAGAAGGAGAAGGAGAAGGAGAAGGAGAAGGAAAUUGAGGGUGGAAAGCAUAAUGCGGUGUAG